AUGGCGGAGGAGCGCGUGCAGGCUCUAGAGCAGCAGAUGAUAGCGCUGGCCCAGGAGCUGCAGAACCGCCAGCAGAGGGAGAACGAUCUCACGGCCGAGGUGCAGCGGCUCGGCCGUGUGGCCGAGGCUAGACCACGGGUGGACGGGCCUGUGCCACAGCCUCGAGCCGAGUCGCUCGUGGACGCCCGCACGCUGGGCAAGCCAGACGUGUUCACGGGCGAAGAGCACAAGUGGAACGAUUGGAAGGUGAUCUUCAAAGCGUACUGUGGCGUCGUGAACGCCGACUUGCUGGCAGGGAUGCGACUGGCAGAGAGCGCUGGCGAGGCCUCAGUUCAGAACGAUGACUUCCUCGAGGAGAACAUGAGGCAGGCCUCGCAGCAGCUGUAUUACAUCUUGCUCCUCCUCUGCCGGCAGCAUCCCCUGACGACGAUCGUGAAUGCUGGCGAGAAUGAGGGCUUCCAGGCUUGGCGCAAGCUGGUUGAAUACUACGAACCGAAUGCGAGGUCCCGCAUCGCGGGGCAGCUGCUGAAUCUCCUGAACUUCUCGUUCACUGGCGAUGUCGAGGACCGGCUGGCGCUGUUCGAGCGAGAGCUCCUCAGGUACGAGCAGAGGAGCGGCGAGGCCAUCACAGCCUCCAUGAGGAUCGGCAUCGUCCUUCGGCAGCUCGAGGAAGGCCCUCUACGCCAGCACCUCUUGCUCAAUGCGACCAGGCUGGUGGAGUGGCAGGACUUCCGACGUGAGGUCACCGACAUCCGCCGUGCCCAGAGCGCCAUCGCCCCGGUGCCCGUGCCCAUGGACCUGAGCGGGGACGUUGGCGAGCAUGGAGCAGACGCUGGCUCGCAUCAACGCCUCCCAGUCGACGAGUACGACCGUACCAUCGGCGGCCAGCUCUAUCUCGACGGCUGCGACUACGAGGCUGAGUCCGGCGACGGCGAUGUCGCAGCGUUCUACCUGAACGACGCGGACGAGCAGGUCAGCUACCCGUUCGCGAACCUCCACUCCCUCAGCAUCUACGACCCGGGGCCGGACAAGGCGGACGUGGUCGACUCUGCGACCGGCGCGGCCCUGGACCUGAACAUGAUCCACGGCAACUCGGAUGCGGAGGAGGUCGAGCUCAACGGCAUCUUGCGUGUGGGCAUCGACUCGUGUGCGGCGGCAUCGGUGCUGCCGCGUGGCUCGUGCGCGGACUACCCGGUGCACGAGGGCGGCCGGGCGAUCUCGUACAGGACCGCCUCUGGCCACUACGUGAACGACGAGGGCGAGAAGAUCCUCGUGGGGACGAUGCCUGGGGCUUCUCAGGCACGCGCUGCCAAGUUCAGGGUGGCGGACAUCAGCAAGCCGUUGCUGAGCGUCGCGGAGAUGGUCGACUCCGGCCAUCGGCUCGUCUUCGACUCGGAGGGCGGGCAGGACAUUAGCUACGCGUGCCACAAGACCAGCGGAGACGUUGUCAGGUUCUGCCGCAGGAAUAAGGUCUACGAGAUGGAUAUGCACGUCGACCCGUACGCGCCGGAGGUCUGCCCUGUCGAGGUGGCAGGCCGCGAGCCUCCCGAGGGCGAAGCCGGCCAGCCAGGCGCGGCUCACGAGGAGGUCGCCGAGGGCCCGCCGGCACGGCCGGCGAGGGAGCCCGCAGCGCCGACGGCGGCCGAGCGAGCCGCGCACGAGGUGCUGCACGAGCCCUACAGGGCAUGGUGCCGGGAGUGCGUCUCCGGCAGAGGCCUGUCAGCAGGCCAUCAGACGAAGGACCACCAGGAGUCAGCGCUCGCGGUGGUUGGCAUCGACUACGGCUACCUCGGUGAACGAGAGGACGCUACGCCGCUGCUGAUCGGGAAAGAUUCGAAGCAGCGUUGGUUCCACGCGUCGGUGGUGCCAGCUAAGGGGACGCAGCAUCCCUGGCCGGCAAAGUCGUGGUCCAGGAGGCUGGCUUCGGCUGGCCACAAGCGCUUCGUCUUCCGCUCAGACGGCGAGGCGCCGCUCGUCGCCCUGAAGACCCGCAUCGGGGCCAAGCUCAAGGAGGAGUACGGCAUCGAGACGGCGCCCGAGGAGAGCCCGGUCGGCGACUCUCAGGGCAACGGCCUGGCCGAGCACGCGGUGCGCGAGGUCAAGGCCAAGGUGAGGACGGCGCGGGCGCAGGUGGGCGACCUCCACGGCGUGAGCAUUGGCGUCGAGCACCCAGUGACCCCGUGGAUGGUCGAGUUCGCAGCCAUGUCCAUCAACCUGGGCAGGCGGGGCGCUGACGGCCGCGCGGCUUGGGAACUUCGGCGCGGCCGCCCCUUCAACAAGGACCUGGCUUGCUUCUCGGAGAAGGUCCUGUAUCUCCCAGGGGGCAAGCGCAAGGCUGGGAUCGAGGACAAGUUCCUCGCUGGGCUCUACCUGGGGCCCACGCUUCGGACGGGCGAGGUCGACAUUGGCACGGAGUUGGGCGCACUACGGGCCAGGACCUUCAAGCGGUUGACGGUCGAGCAGCGGGCCGACAAGGACCUGCUGAACAGCCUCGUGGGGAAGCCGUGGGCGCCGGUGCCGACGGGCGUGGAGGUGGACGAGGUGCCGGUGGCCAUCGAGAUCCGAGCGCCGGUGCCAGCGCCGGUCGCGCCUUUGGGCGGACCUCUGGCGCCCAUCCCCGAGGCUGGGGACCUCCCGCCCCGGGCUCUCCGAGUCGGGCGACCGCCAGCAGGACCGCGGGCCGUCUACAUCAGGAAGGACGUCGAGAUCGCGAAGCACGGGCUCUCCCCGGGCUGCCACGGCUGCGCCGCGGUCCUCAACGGCGCCCGGGCGCAGGCUCACUCAGCUGAGCGCCGCGCUCGGAUCGAGCAGGCGACGCAGGACGACGAGGAGGCAAAGCAGAGGCUCGAGGAUGCCCGCGAGCGGAAGCGGCAUCGCACUGACGUCGCCGGGCCUGUCUAUCAAGAGGGCGGCUCGUCAGGCAGCGGCGGUCCAGCCCCAGCUCAGCAGGUGCCGCCAGCACCCGUGGCCGCGGCGGCGGCUGACGUGGCGACGGCUCCGGCACCGCGCGACCCCGGCGACGACAACAUGCAGAAGGAGAUCGGUGCCUUCCUGCUCUUUCUCGGCUACAGCGGGCGCAAGGCCGACGUGAUGGAGGUCUUCUGCCCGAAUAGGCUUGUGGGCUUUGCCCCCCUCUUCGGUCUGGUUCACGGCGGCUCGUUCGACCUGAGGGUUGGCUGGGACCUGACCGACCGCCAGCAGCAGCGACAGUGCCGGGAGCUGAUCGAGCACUUCGAGGUGUACUUCCUCUUGGGCAGUCCUCGCUGCGCGCCGUUCUCCAUGCUGAAGUACCUGAGUGAGGACGCGGAGAAGCAGCGUGAGGUCGGGCGAGGCGACCAGUGCGUGUUCGGCCUGGCGGUUGCGGACGCGCGCGGCGACAGGCUCGCCAAGAAGCCGACAGGGAGGAUGAGUAAUAACAAGGAGGUGUUGGAUGAGCAUUCCACCUUCGUCGGCCGCAACAUGCGUGUGGCGGAGAGGUACCCGGUCAAGCUCCUCCGCGCCAUCCUCCGUGGCCUCCGCCGUCACCUUAGCAACAAGAAGGUGCUCGCGCUUUCGGCCCUGGAUGCUGGGCCGAACGUGGACGAUGAGGAGAUCAGCCUGACCGGCCUCCCGCUGGACCCCACGCGGGUGAAGGCCGCGAGGCGCCUGGAGAUGGAUUUCAUGGCGCAGCUUGGCGUGUGGGUCUACGCGAGGGAGGAGGACUGUCAGCGCGAGCUUGGACGGAGGCCUCUCAGCGGCCGCGUGCCGCGCUUCCUGGGCAUCUCGCGGGCACACCCGCACUGUGAGAUCAAGAGGACGGUCUACAUCAAGCUUCCAGAGGAGGAUCCGAUGUCGCAGGAGAUCGGUACGUGUGGGCUCUUGCGGAUGGCGCUCUACGGGGCGCGCGACGCUGGCCAGAACUUCGAGCUCACGACUGCCGAGACGGUCAUCGGUGCUGGCUGCGACCAGUCGGCCUUCUCGCCUUGCGUGUACUGCCACAGGGACCUCCAGGUGAGCUUCUUCCACCACGGCGACGACUUCGUGCUCGAGGGCUCUCGGGACGGGACGGAGUCGAUCUGCGAGGCCCUGAAGACGAAGUUCAUCGUGAAGGACAGGGGCGUGCUCGGGCCGGCGCCUACCGACGCAAAGGAGAUCACGCGCCUCAACAGGGCAACGCGCUGGCGAAACCGAUGGUGCCAAGGGGGCGAGGCCAUCGAGUACGAGGCGGAUCCCAGGCGCGCGCAGAUCUUGCACGCGCAGCUUGGAAUGGACCCCCGCGCCACGAAGUCAUUGAGCACGCCAGGGCUGAGCCAGAAGCUUACACCUGAGGUCGAGCGCGAGCUGAACGAGCACGAGGCGGCAGAGUACCGCAGCGCGUGCAUGAGGCUGGGCUACUUGGCGCUCGAUCGGCCAGAGGUGCAGUUCACGGCCAAGGAGUGCGCUCGCGGCAUGCAGAGGCCGACAGAGCGACACCUCCGCCUUCUGAAGCGCGCUGGACGCUUCUUGAUCGGGGCGCCGCGGGCCAUCUGGAAGUGGGGCCGACAGCGGGCACCCACAGUGAUGGACAUCUAUUCGGACACCGAUUGGGAAGGCUGCCCGAUCACGCGGAGGAGCACCAGUUCGGUCGUGAUCAAACAUGGGCAGCACCUGAUCGUUACGGCAUCGACGACUCAGAUCCCCAUCUCCAUGAGUUCGGGGGAGGCUGAGUUCUACGGCUGUGUGCGGGCGGCCAGCAGGGCCAUCGGCAUGCAGUCACUGUGCCAGGGCCUAGGCAGGGACGCGAGCCUUCGCAUCUGGAGCGACUCGGCAGCUGCUCUUGGCAUCAUGCAACGACGAGGCUGCGGCAAAGUCCGACACCUCGAGACGCCGACGCUGUGGGUGCAGAAGGCGCUCAAGGACGGACGGUUUCAACUGGCUAAGGUUCCCGGGAAGUCGAACCCGGCGGACCUGGGGACGAAGUUCCUCGACCAGGCGGCGAUGCUCCGAGGGCUGGAGAUGAUGAAUGUCAAGCUCUCGGACGCGCCCCUCUCGAGUGCCCUUCAGGCGAAGGUCUGA